AUUAAUUUCGCGCGAAAGUGUGUCUAUUAAGCUGUUGCGUUUUGUGUGUAACAAGCCUGCGCACGCCACAGGCUGAUUGUUUACCACAGGAUAGUCUUAAACAUGCCUAAAAGAUCAUAUCCUUUCAGCGAAUCAUUUUCAUCGCAGUAUAAAAUUCACGUCGGACAAAAAGAGCUGAACCAUUAUGGGGUCUUCGGAAACGAAUGCAGACAAGAGAUAUACGAAAAGACAAAGAACCUCUUAUUUUGUGGAGCCAAAGCAGUAAUGGGGAGGAUCUGGAAAGUGGAGGGAGACGGGAAAUAUUCUGAGAGUAAUUCGUCCACUCAGAGUGUAGUAUCUGAGGCGUCAACUAAUCAGACACUUCUCCGGGGACAAACUCUGAUUGGACCAGAUGGCCGGUUAAGAAAAUCCACCUCUACAAUGGGCGGCGCAGUUGCUGCUGUGGUGUGUUGUGUGUGUCAGAAAACCUCGGGAUCAAUGAAGCGCUGUUCUCAAUGUGAUCGACAAGUAUGUCCAACCUGCACACAGCAGUGUACCAGCUGCUCCAGCCUCUGCUGCUCCAUAUGCUGCAUCACAGAUUACUCAGACCGGUAUGACAGAGUUCUCUGCUGUGGCUGCUCCUCGUGAUGGGAGUGCAUGGGAGAAUCCAAGAUUUAUGUUUGAACUGUUUUAAAUUCACAAUACAUGAAAUGUCAAUGGAAUAAAAUUUUU